AUGACCCAAGCCUCAUUUCCAUUCGAUCUUCUUCAUGCUGAGAUAAUUAAUUACGCGAAGGAAAGUGAAGAGCGACGAAAUGCAGCCAAACAAGAGUGGAAACAGGUGAUGGACACAUGCGUUGAUAUGGCCGAACUCGACAAAUAUGACUCGCUUGUACAGUUGGCAUUUGCACAUAACUCCUACAUUACGCAGUUAGAAUCGAUGGGUUAUCGAGUUGGAUACGUGAUGGCUGAGCGC